AUCGUCAUGUCAUCAUAUCGUCAUGUCAUCAUAUCGUCAUGUCAUCAUAUCGUCAUGUCGUCAUAUCGUCAUUCAUGUCGUCAUAUCGUCAUGUCCUCAUAUCGUCAUGUCAUCAUAUCGUCAUAUCGUCAUAUCGAAAUUGCUGCAUAA